AUGGGCUCCUCCGGUGAUGAAAUCGCGUUCGAAGUCCUCGAUCGACGCAUCAUCCUUCAGGAGUCCCUGCAUGCCGUCUUAUUCCUAUUCCAACCAGUCCAUUUGGAGUCAAACUUGAAGCAAGAGAAAGCAACUGUCUUGAUGUUUAUUUACGGUGGAGGUUUUACCGAAGGCGCGAGCUCGGUAGCCUUUUAUGAUGGAAUGGAACUUGUUGCAAACAACAAGGAUGUUAUUGCUGUUGAGAACGAUAGUGUCGAAAUCUCCAGUGCUGCCGCAGUACAAGAGAAGGAAGAACAUUCCAAGACGACAACACAACAUAUUGAUGAGGUUUCCGAUCCUUUCUUGCACAAGGGCAAUCCAUCCAAGAGUCAGUUCAAUGUCUACGUGGUUGACAAAGAGUGGACCAAAACCCUCUGGCUCGCCUUCUGGGUCCCAUGGAAACUACACCUUUACCCAAUCGUCCACUACGCCGCAUUCGUUGUAUCAUGGUCAGCAAGCUGCUUUUUGACCGUCAAUCUCACCCAGAGCCAGGCCUUGACUGCCCCACCUUACAAUUGGUCUAGCCAGGCUGUUGGAUUCACCAACUUUGCCCUUCUCGCGGCCACAAAGAAGAAUGGCGGAGUUCGAGAGCCGGAAAUGCGCUUGCCCACUAUGAUCCCAUACGUUUUGAUUGCAAUUUUGGGCAACUUUAUGAUCGCUUAUGGAUACGAGCAUCAGUGGGACUGGAGGGUCAUCGUCAUUGUCGGCUAUACCUGCGCUGGUAUUCAGGUGGCUGCACUGCCCACCAUUGCAAGCACCUACGUGGUUGACAGCUACAAGCCAGCCGUCGGUUCUAUUCUCGUCGCAAUCACAGUGAACAAGAAUCUCUGGGGCUACGGCUUUAGCAAGUUCAUCACCCCUUGGACCGAGUCAGCUGGCUACCUCCCUGCUAUCAUGACAAACAUGUGUCUCACCGUCUUCUGGUGUUCGUUCGGCUUCCUGUUCUACUUCGCAGGCAAGAACUAUUUCCGAAAGUGGACCGCCAAAUCCAGCAUCUGGAAUCUGGAAUCGCAUUAA